UUAUCCCUGAGCUCCAUGGCUAUUGGUGGAGCAACAUAUGAGUAUGAUAUGGCUAUUGCUGCUAGACUGACACAAGUUCGAUCAUUUAUAUUGUUGGAGAAUCCCAUACCACCUUUUUUGUGGUUCAAGUAUCUCAUGGUGCUCAUCAUUGUUAGGGGAAAGGAUAUAGUUGACCUCACUGCUAUUAGCCAACUGUUUCAGCUGAGGUGUGUGAUGGUUAGAGUCGAUGGGAAAAUAGAGCUCCCUACUGAACUUGGUAAGCUUGUUUACUUGGAGACACUGGACAUACAGAAAUGCAGGCUGGUAAAGUGCAUCCCUUCAGAUAUAGUUCAUUUGCCCCGCCUGUCCUAUCUGGGUCUUCCAAAUUGUACAGACCUGCCGGAAGGUAUCGAGAAUAUGAAAUCACUGCGCACUCUGCAAGAGUUUGACCUGGAAAAGAUCUCCCUGAAGUAUAUUAUGGAUAUCAGCGAGCUGACCAAUCUGAGGGAACUGAGUGUGAAAAAAGAGUUCAGUUUGGGGACGCAAAAAGUUGAUGCUUUGGCCUUCUCCAUUGGAAAGCUCCGUAACCUCGAAUGUCUGCGCAUCUUUGGUUGCCAUCUUGAGAGUGAGAACCUGCAGCUGGGCUCAUUAUCCAAUCCUUUUCAACAUAUGGAGCGACUUUGCAUGAGAACAUGGUGGUUCUGCAGAGUUCCGAAAUGGAUGGAUGGUCUCCAUUGUCUGCGCGUCCUUGAGCUGCAGGUUGAGGAGACGUCAACUGAGGAGAUUCAUCUUCUUGGAGAGCUUCCCUCCCUCGUCUACCUCAACUUUGGAGCGGGUAAAAUCCCUGCUGAGAGAGCUAUAUUAGGCACAGGACUAUUCCUAGUUCUCGAGUAUUUUUAUUGUAGUUCUCGGAAAGACAUUACAGCGUACCUGGGGUUCGAAGCAGGGGCUAUGCCCAACUUACGAAUCCUUUGUCUCAGUGUGGUGCAUUGGGGUGGCACCAUACCAGUCGGAAUGGAGCACCUGUUGCACCUCCAGGAGAUCCGACUUGAUGGGGCCUUUCAUGAUGUUGUGUGCGCGUUCAAGGAGGCUUCGCUGGUGCACCCAAACCGCCCUUCCGUUAGUAGGUGGAUGCAUCAUGUGCCGUGUUCUGAUUAUUUUGUGAUUGGAAGAUCAUGAAAGCCAGGAUUGAGGAUGCAUUUGGUCUAGUACGUACCAUGCUUGCUUAUACUUACUUAAACCCCUUGGUGUUAAUUGCUAGGUCAGGUAGUUAACAUUGUAUGCCUGUGUACAUAACCGGGAUUGGACGGGAGCUGAUACAGCUUUUCAUGCUUGAAAGUGAUACAGCUUUUUAAAGUGUCUCUCCAAUCUAUUUGUUCCUGUAUGCAAACAUUAUGUUUGUGAGCUUUGCCUCAUUCUGCAAUUAAUGUUCUUCAGGACUGGGCUCAAGCCUAGAAAUAAUGGGAAGAUGGUAGCAACUGCAAGCAGCUACUACUUGUGCAAACUCUAUGGCCCAUCUUGGAUGAAAUUAUUUUGUAUUACCAUGUCUCUGAACAUCGCAACAACACAAGCUUUUCAGCAGGGAGCAGCUCGGCCGAUUAAAUAGGUUCACAGGGUGUUGGUAUACGUCUGAAUUAUUUGGUUGAAAGACAAUUAUCGACCAUUUAGCCAAGGAGACGGCACCUCCUUGUAGCAGGUCGAGCACCAGCUGAGACUCCUCCUAUCCUCCCGUUGUAGCAGAAGCGCCUUUGACAAUUUAUGGAGCUCAUUCCAGAGAAUAAUUGAAAUGUCCAUCCUUCUCUUUAU